AUGUUUUAGAAAGGGGUAAAAAACUUUGAGGAACUUCGAGCCAAAUUUCAAAAUCGGGAUGCUCCACCUCUUCCAGGUCCUAUCAAAUUCCCAGCAGGUGUUUCUCAAAAAGGUGACACGGGGAGCCCGCAGUCAACCCAGAUUCCAGCUAACAGGAAACUGCUGGCAUCCAGCCACAGGCAGCCUCCACCAUGUUCCAGUGGCGAGUCCCAGCCUCUUCCACCCCAGAAGAGUGGAAUUCAGAAAUGCUGUAAUUCCCCAGAAGCUCUGGGAAACCCUGCCGAGUGUCCUGCCCUCGAUUCACAGAAGGCUCCUCCGUUGUUAGAUGUGACUCAAUCAAACGCUGAGUUACCCGAUGCAGAGAAAGUAACGGUGGCCAGUAGCUUCAGAGAGAAGCUCCAGAACUGGGAGAAGGUCUCAUCUCAGAAAAGUGCAAUGCCAUCGACCCUUCUCUGGGCCACUUGGGAAAGUGAGACCGCCCGUGUGGAGAGGCACAAAGGCCUGGGACUUACUGCACGGGAGUCGAGGGGCAAGGAGGAAGUAAAAGGAGCCCAGACCCUUCCUUCCCAGAGGCACCUGCUGGCCCAAAGAAAGUCGCUCACGGCCUCUGAAGAUCCUUCUUUUCUACUCUCUCCACAUGGCAGGCAGAGCCAGAAAAAUCCCAGGCCCAAGAGAAGCCUGGCAGGAGGUCUCUAUCAGCCUAUCUACGAGCGUGAGCUUGCCAGCCAGGCCCCAGAGAAACAGCCAGAUGUCCGGCAUCACUACCUUCCCAAAACGAAGCCACUGCCUUCCGUCAAGUCCCUGGGUCCUCCUCCCCCAAAGCCUGCAAAGCCCCCUCUCGUGAGACUCCAGGCCUUCCAGAGGCAGCUGGCCGCUAUGCCCAAGACCCGACGGGAAGUGACUGUGGAAGAAGGCCACCUGUCCCUGGAGAGAGCUGAAUUUGAAGAACCACAUAAUUACGAGGCAACAAUUUCAUCUCUGAAACACUCCGGCAACUCCGUUAACCUGUGCCCUGCAAAAGAAAUUGCUGAUUCAACCUACGAAGUUGGAAUUGAAGAACUCCAAAAGCCUUGGAAGAAUUUUUUCCACCAAGAACUUAGCCCUAAACAUGAAGAUGAAGAUAAGAAAAUGAAGAAUCAACAGCCAUGUGAAUUAGAACCUCUGAAAACAGAAAAGGAGCCAUGUUUAAACUGUACUUUCAAGGUAGAUGCCUGUGCAGGGACACCUGGGAAAAGCCAGAUGACCAACGUCCAGCGAGGCAGAAGGAACGUGCUGGCUGGGAAGCAGGAUGCCACGGCUGAUGUUACCCAGACGAAGGCCCCCCCUGAGGGCCCGAAGCUGGCCAAGAACCCCCAAGGUCAUGGUAAGCUUCAUCUCUUCCUGACCUCUUCAUCAUUACCUAAUUGUCCUAGAUCAAGUUCCUUCCCAGAGGAGACCUAUGAUGAUGUUGAGUGCCCCAGGAGACAGACACCAAAGUUGCCUGCCUCUAACUCGUUUGCCUCGGACAGUGGUAAGUACAGGAAGACAUUUCUGAAACUUUAUUACUACCUUCUCUACGCACACCUGUAUCUCCACCCCCGCCUUCCGUGUCUCUCAAACACGGUGUUAUUUAUAUCCUCUGAUUCCUCUCUUAGUUUAGAUGGAAAAGAAGCGCUGAAAAGACUGCAGAAAUUCUUCAAGAAAGAAAUGGGUAGAUUCAAAAUGAAGAAAACCAAGUCAAAAGAAAGUAUAAGUGCGUUUUCCACUUCAAUGCCUGAUUUGGAACUUAGGUCUCAGGAUGUUAUUGUCUAUGAUGAUGUGGGCCUGACUGCACAAGAGUCAAAAAAUGAAGAUAAACUAAAAACCUGGAAGCCCAAGUUUUUGAUGCCAAAAGAAAAAAAAGAGAGAGAGAAAGAUGCCCAAGACUCAGGAAGAAUUUUCUUCAAAACCAAGAAGCAAAACUUAGAAAAGCACAGAAUGGAAAGAGAAGAAAAACUUUUUAGAGAAAGAUUUAAGUACGACAAAGAGAUUAUCGUCAUCAACACAGCAGUGGUGUGUUCCAAUAACUCAAGAAAUGGAAUAUUCGAUUUGCCAAUAAUUCCUGGAGAAGAAUUGGAAGUCAUCGAUACCACGGACCAAAACCUAGUGAUAUGCCGGAACUCCAAAGGCAAAUAUGGAUAUGUGCUCAUUGAACAUCUGCAGUUCAAGCAUCAAAGUUGGUCACCUUAGGAAGAUCAUACGGUGUGGGCUGCCCACGGGAGAACUCAUCCUAAACCCUUAGUCCUGCCUCAGAUCAGUUUCAGUUUACAGGUCAAACUUAGAGGGCGGAGUCAGUGGUGACGUCCAUCCAGAACUUACAAGGGAGAAAUGAAAACGAAUUCCCAACAUUUAGAGGGUGGUUUUGCUCCUAAAACGUUGUCUCUCAGCGUCUAUCUCUCAGUGUCCAUCUCUCAGUGUCCAUUUCAGCUGGAGAGACUGUGAGAGGGAGUGCGGCCGUGCUGGAGCACCUGCUCAAUGAGCUGUCUCCAGAGUUAGACGUCGGGCCUCAUGGCACCCAGUCACUCGUGCAGAUGGCAGUUUGCUUCUAAUAUUAGCACACGAGCGUUUGUAAUUUCUAGAAGUGCAUUUGAAUUUGGUUAAUUUAAUUCUGAACAAUAAACAGUGUAACCAAGAUCUUUAAAGUCCAGUCUUAAAAUAAUUAUGGCUCAGC